AUUACAAGUUACAAGUUUUAUGAUAAUUUGCCGCGGAGAAACAUAUUAAAUUUUAAAAUGGAGGCUGUUCCACGAUUAUACAUGAUAAGUUUUCCACUUAAAACUAGCCAGCAAAGCCCUGAUUUUACAACAAAAAUUAAUCAUUAUAUACAAAAUACAUAUGAUCAAGAUCCAAUAAAUUAUAGUGAUGACUUGUCAAUGUUACUAGCAUUAAGAGAAACUUCUACAGGUCCUACUAUUAAUGUUGAAGGAUGUUCAAUUUUAAAAAGAUAUUUUUGUCAAUUACAUGCAUUAAAAAGUCGUUUUCCAAUGACUGAAAAUGGAAGUGCAACAUUGGAAUUUUCAUGGAAUCAUGUAUUCAAUCCAAGUAUUUGUUUUAAUAUGUCUGACAUUACAUUGGAAAUUGCUUCUGUUCUAUACAACAUUGGAGCUUUACAUUGUAGUCUUGGGUCUGCCCAAAAUAGAACAUCUGAUGAUGAAGCCCUAAAAAUGGCAUGCACACAUUUUCAAUGCGCUGCUUGGGCAUUUCAAGAACUUAAUGAAAAUUAUCCCUUAAAGUUUCGUCCUGAUCUAUCUUCUGAUUUAUUACAAUAUAUGUAUCAACUUAGUUUGGCUCAAGCUCAAGAAUGCAUACUGGAAAAAAGUAUGAUAGAUAAUCGAAAAGCAUUAAUAAUUGCUAAGGUUUCUGCAAAAAUUUCUGAAUAUUAUAAUGCUGCAAUGAAUGCGUUAGUCAAUUUUGCUACUGUAGAGAGUAGUAUUGGAGAAACAGUAGGCAUGAAGAGAUACAAAAUGUGGUCAAAAUACUGUAUGUUUAAGAAAACUUAUUAUGAAUGUGUCACUUCUCUAUUCCAAGGUCAACAUGCUGAAGAUCAACAACAAAUGGGAUUUAGGGUAUCUUAUUAUCAAAUUGCUUUUAAUAAGCUAGAAGAAGCAAUUAAUCAGUCAAAAAACUUUGAUGACCCAGAGCAAGUUCAAGAAGCACUGACUUUUACAAUGGAUGUGGUUGCAGCUAAAUGGAAAGCAUCAAAAACUGAAAAUGAAUUGAUUUACCAUGAAAAAGUUCCUUUACCAGAAGAAGAAAAUCAACAGUUAGAAAAACUUAAAGGUGCAUCCCUUGUAAAAAGUAUUGGUUUUAGUGUUGUAGAUCCAGAAAUAUCAGGUCCUUUAUUGUUUGCUGAUUUGAUACCAACUCUUUAUCAAAAAGCAUCAUCUAUGUAUAGAGAAGAAAAAAAUAGAUUGCUAAAAAAUACUAAUGAGUUGAUAGAGAAAGCUAAUGAUGAGCUUUCAAUAUUUUCAUCUUCACUUCAACUAGAUUGUCUAGAUAAAAGUAUUUGGAAAGUACAAACACCCCAGUCAUUAGUCAACAGUUGUGCUGCAUUUCAAGCAAACCCUGAAAAGCUAUCCAAUUUAUCUGAUAUAAUGAGUAAAUUAUCGAGUAUAAAUCAAGAUAUUAAAAAAAUGCUAUCUGAGAUCAAUAAUUGUUUAAAAACUGAAGAGAUAGAAGAUCAAAUUUAUCAAGACUCUGUUGGCCAACCUUAUAAUUCUAUUGUAAUAACUGAAUUAAAGCGUGAGGCAAAUAAGUAUGAAGAAGCUCAUAACAAAGCAGAAGAGUCAAAUGAAACAUUACAUAAAGCUUUAGACAUGCACAUAAAUAACUUAAACCUAAUGAAUAUAUCUUUAGUAGAAUUAGAAAAACAUUUACCACCAAUGUGUACACCUGAUACAUUAGAUGAAAGUGACAAAAAAAAAUUUAAUCAACUACAAACUAUUGUUAAUAAAUUAUGUGAAAUGCAAACUCAGAGAACAAUGUUAGCAUCCAGAUUGCAUAAAGCUAUUGAAGAAGAUGAUUUGUCAUUAGUACAAGUGACUCAAUCACAAAAUGAUCUAUCUACAUUAUUUAAUCAACAAAUCUCAGUUAAAUAUGCAAACCUGAUUAAUUUAAUUAAACAAAAUAUAUCUGCUCAACCUGCAAUAAUAGAAGCAGUUAGAUUAGCAUAUAUGGAUGCAGCAUUUGUUCGCAAAUUAUUUGUGUCUAGUGCUGAAAAACGCCGUGAAAAAAUCACAUCUCUCAUUGAUUCUUUUAACUGUGUGGAAGACCUGAUAGAAAAAUCUUCUAAAGGCUUAGAGUUUUAUAAUAAACUUUCUAUAAAUGUUUCAAAACUACUUCAACGAGUAAAAGGUACUUGUCAAGUUCAAACUGAAGAGAGAGAUCAAAUAAUCAUGAAUUCUUCCAUUAAUAUGGAUUCUAAACCAAAAAUUCAGAAUACACAAACUUCUGACACUACAAAUUAUUAUCAACCUGAUACCAUUAACAAUGAAAAAGAUACUAGUGUGUCUCUCGAUUCGUAUUACAAUGGAGUACGCCGACCAUCACCAUUAGGAUCUGAACAAGCUAUAACUGGAUAUAAUCAUCCAAAAGAAUUUCUAUAUAAUAACAUAUCCACUCAAUUAAAUAAUUUGAAUUUAAAUAAUGAGUCUUUUAAUAUUGGAAAUCAAGGAGUUCAAAAUUCACAACCAAACAAUUUUUGUCAACCAUCAAAUAAUAACUUGCUGCAACAAGGAAUUUUACCAAAAAUGACUGGUUCAAUCCAUAUGGUGAAUACAACACCUAAUAGCUCAUUGUCUGUCUCAAAUCAUUCCAACUAUAGUCCUAUAGUCCAAAAUCAACCUGCAUCAUAUUCAUAUCCAUAUCAAAUCAGUAUGGGCUUUCAACAUCAACAAAAUAAUUUGCCUCAAGUCAUUUACUCAAAAAAUCCUUUAGAUUGCUACUCAAAUAAUAUGACAUUGCCUAAAAUAACUCAAACUCAAUCAUCUGGUGUAAAUUAUCUUACUAAUACUUUAUGUUAUAAUUCUAACAUUCCUAUUCUAUCUAAAAGUUCCCUAAAUCAAUCAUUAGCAAUAAAUUGUCCUACUAACAUUCCAGCUUAUCAACCCAAUACUUCUAUAACUGCUGGAUCUACGAAUUUAAGAUAUGGAAAUUCAUAUUCUAUUCAAAGUGGUCAUUUGUUACAAAAUAAUAUAAAUAAUACAAAUAAUUUAUCUCAAUUAUCUUCUAGUAACGUCUCAAAUUUACAUUGUUUUAACUAUAAAUAUAACUCAAAUUCAAAUACUAGUUUAUACAAUCAAACAAAUUCAACACCUAUAUCUAUCCAAGGCAACCAAACUAUAGUAAACACUUCAUCAACUGCUCCAUCUGAUAUGUCUUUACAACAGCAAUUGCCAGUUUACUGUAUUGCACCAAAAGAAAUAAAUAUGGCCAAUUACAAUCAGUUAAGUAAUAACUCAUCUAUUCAGUCACAUCAAAAUCAAUAUGCUAGUGGUAUUACUGGUUCUAACUACUACCAAAAUCCUUCUAAUACCAAUGUAACAAAUACAUAUUACUCAGUUCCACCAAAUAGUUAUUAUCAAAAUUAUACAACAAAUAAUUUAACUGAAUUUGGUUCAAUGCCUAAUGGACAAAAUUUUUCUACUAAUAAUAUUCAAAAUUCUAGCUCAACUACAAGUUUAUUAGAUGAUACUGAUAGCCAUAUGAUUCAUGCUCCACCUCCUUUAAUUUUACCACAAAAAGUUUCAAGUAUUACAAAAACUCAGAAUAAUUAAAUUGCAUAAAUUAUGAAAUUUAUUCCUGUGAAAUUAGUAUUAUUAUUUGUUAUUUCUUCAUUUAAUUCAUUCAAAAAACAAAUAAAAUGAAGUUUACAUUAUCAAUAUGAAUGUUAAUGAAGGUUAUUAAAAAGUGUACCAAUUAGCUUUAAAUGAUAUUUACCUUUUUUAUUUUUAUAUUCAAUAAAGAAGUUUCUUUAAAUGAAAAUUUAAUUGUUAAUAUUAAAUCUUUUACUUUAAAAAAUUGUGACCAUUAAAAAUUUUAUACUUUGAGAAUUGUAUAGUGAUAUUAUAG